GCCUUCAGUGCAGUGACUCGAACAGAACCGAUCUCACUUUUGUUUGUGUUUUUAAACUUUAUUUUCAGCGAUGAGAAGAGAAAGUGCGAUUGUAUAGAAGACCGGACGGGUAUUUUAGACAUUACUUCACUCACUUCACUCUCGGGUACGUGAGUGCUUGCUCUAUAAUAUACACAUACUAUAAUUCAUCAUGAUUCCGCAAAUAGUGUCAAUCAGUCUCGUGUUAACAAGCGUACAAGCAGUGUCGGCUCGACGGGAAGAAUUAUCUGAAACGCCGGGAGUACCGUUUGUUGUGGAUGCUGGCUCAUAUUGUGGGAACGCAACCGAAGUACAGUGUACAGAAUUAGAUUUCUGUAUCUGGAAAGUCUUACCAAUGAUGUCCAAAUGCCUCGAGGAUGGGGAGUUGAUCGAGCGUGUGAACAAUAUCGCAUGUAUCACAGGUAACGAAGUAUCAUGUACAACUGACGAACGAUGCGAGUGGGCUGACGGCGUCUGUCAGGGCCAAUAUAGCGUCAUAACAGUUGUAAGUGACGGCAACGGUACAGUAGCAUUAGAUAGUUCUGGCUUCACCGCUCCUCCGGAAGGCAGCAUGUAUUCAGAAGUGGAUUCCUUCUGUAAGACAAUUACGGACGCCACUACUUGUAACGCGAACCAGUAUUGUGAAUACGGUGCCGAUGUGACUGAUGAUAACUGUCAGGGUAAUAGUAUGAUAGCGGAAGAAGCCAACGAAAUCGUGUGCGCGCCCCUUCAUGCGUUGGCCUGCCUUGGCGAUCUGCGAUGCGAGCUGGAGGAUUUUGAAUGUAUAGGUGGAGAUUCUAUAAUUAUCGUCCCCACACCCGAGUAGAGGAUAAUUACUAUCAUGUAUACCUGUCUGAGUGAAUUAGGAGUUCAAACCGGUAUGUAGAUAUAUGCAUGGUAGCCUGGCAAAAUGCGCAUAUAACUAUUGAUGGGCAGUUACGCCUGUCAAGUCCACUAUAUCGAGACAAAUGCGUAAGUAGGCAUUUUCCCCGAUCAUAAAAGUAUAUAAUAUAUAACUACAUUGAACAACUCACGAUGGGGAACUAUUCUUGACAUGACUUGGCGACAGUGAUUGUGCCUAUUAAACCCUCAAAUAAAUGUAGUUCAAUAAAUCUUUAAUAUACACCGG